AUGACUAUCCAUGGAUGCCAGAUGCAGGAAUACUCCAUGAGCAACCUUGAGGUACGCCCCCUCUUUGGUGCCAAUCAUGACAAGUUAAGAAAAUUACAGACAAUAAUUGAUUCUCAGAGGUCGGUAUGGGAAGAUCUUGGAGCGGCGCGCCCUUGGUGGUCCGUACUUUCCGCCGAGGAAUACGACAGAAAACUUAAUCUUAGCGAGUCUCCCUUUUUUAUUUUGGGUCAACAAGACAGUGAUGUCAACGAUAUCUUAGGCGACCCAGAGGCUGAAACUUUCUACCACAGUGGCGAAAUAGCAAUAAUGCGCGCUCUUCAUCACGUUGAUGAUGUUGCAACGCGAGGCGGACUAGCCUGGGGUGGCGGUGGAGUUGGAAACGUUGCGGUAGAUUUUGGUUGCGGAGUUGGUCGCCUUUCCAAAGCUCUCGCGAGGCGUUUCCAGUCUGUCGCACGGAGAACUAUAAAUCAGCGGUUCCCGGCACUAGCAAGACGCAUCCUAGUGGUCCCGACCACUUCAGCAGGACUAGAAUUUGUUACGAGUGUUGAUGGCGUGGGCAUUGACUUUGCCCUUUCUCUGCUCACGUUACAACACAUGAUUCCGCAGUUGCAGAUCGCCGUCAUCGAACACCUGUGCGAUGCUCUUGCUCCUAGCGGUCUGGGAUUCAUUCAGCUCCUCACAGGUUAUUACCCUUCGCCUUAUAUCGACGCCGAUUGUAACCCCGCGUCAAAAGUCUGUGUGAAUGAGAAGCGAGCGCUGCUAGAGCCCGGCAUGCAACUUCACUUUCUUCCUUUGACGGAGGCAUAUUAUCACCUCCAACUUCGCGGCUGUUUCAUACUAGAGGAACAUCCCUGUGAUGAUCACGUCUUUGUCCCUGCACGGGCAUCUACAGCCCAUUGCCUUGUGUUUGCUAAGCUCACAGAAGAAAAGAAUAUGUUGUAA